ACUAAUAAAUUCAAACUCCAUUAUUGAAAUACAUAUAUUUCAAAAAUGAAAUUAGUGAGAUUCCUGAUGAAACUCAGUCACGAGACUGUAACAGUUGAGUUAAAAAAUGGCACUCAAAUCCAUGGCACAAUCACUGGAGUCGAUGUUGCGAUGAAUACCCACCUGAAGAGUGUUAAGAUGACCAUAAAGAACAGAGAUCCCGUACAUUUGGAAUCGCUGAGCAUCCGGGGCAACAAUAUACGAUAUUUCAUAUUGCCGGACAGUCUGCCACUGGAAACGCUGCUCAUCGAUGACACGCCAAAGUCAAAGUCAAAGAAGAAGGACAGUGGAAGGGUUGGAAAUCGUGGCAGAGGCAGAGGCAGUCGUGGUCGCGGAGGUCCGCGGGGACGCGGCAGAGGCAGAGCACCCUCCAGACGUUAAAUAUAUAGUGAUGAAACAAAAAGAUAAAUGUAUGAAUACGAAUUACAAGCGCCCGGUACAAAAUACAUUUGGGUACUUUUGGAAGAAUAAUAAAUUUUUGAUU